CGGGAGGUGCCUCGCAGGCUCAUAGGUGCUCGCUAUAAAACCUGCGCGAGCGCGGCCGAGGAUGCCGUUCCGUCGCGCUCCGCUCUUCCGUCCGCAAACCUGAAAACACGACAAACGAGGAGCAUUCGUGUGGAAAUAAGCCAGAGACGAGCAACAUGUCGCCGCAGUUGGAUCAACCCUGGCUUCUAAACUGACUUUGUUCACGGAGACUAUCUGGAAUGACUGUGAUGGCCAAGGUGUCAUUAUUGAUACGUUUGGAAAUUUUGUUUUUUAUUGGACUGACAGUCACCAUGGCGAACGGAUUUUCCCCCUUUCGUCAAACUGGGCUCAUGGAAACCAGCGCCAAGGAUUUAACCAAAGUGUCAAGUGUAACUCUGAAGCAGUUGGAUGCGUCUGGAUUAAAACCCGGAGCUUGUUAUUUGUGCCAGAUCCUGACACCUCGGAAGAGAGCCAAGAGAUGUACGUGUUACUCAUACAAAGACAAAGAGUGUGUUUACUACUGUCACUUGGACAUCAUCUGGAUCAACACACCAGAGCGCACCGUCCCAUACGGCUUGUCGAAUUAUAGAGGCUCUCAGCGAGUGCGGCGUGCUGCCCAGGACAGCGUCGGAAGUCAGCGCUGCGUGUGUGCUUUACACAGCGACCAAAAGUGUGACGCUUUCUGCAGUGGAAGUUGGGGGAGGUCAACAUGACUGUCCAUUGGAGCACAGCUUAACUGAUAUUCACUCAUCCGUUGGACUGCUUCUUCAUUCUUCUGUCCUAACACCUGGAGAAUCACCUCUGAGAAAAGGUUCAUGUCUGUCCAAAAGGAAGGCUGUUGGAAUUCCAUUACUGAGAGGGAGAAUUAAGGAGAGCAGAGAGAGUUGGGAAAUACUUGCGCUGUCGACGUGAAAGCGUUACCGCACCUAAGCUAACACAUCUCUGAAGUAGCCAUGCAUUGACUGCGACCAUGUGAGUCACAUUCAGGCAAGAUGUAUGUGAUGGUCUGAAUUAUGGACUGGAUCGACUUGCCACCACGAUCUGAUACAAAUCAGAUGUGCAAGAUGGAGUCAAAUAAGCAUCACACACAGGACUUUGAAUAUUUGAAACCGUUCAGACUAGUCACCAUGUAAUGCGUUUAAAGGACUUCUUGAGCAAAAAGUGCUGUACAGCAAACUCUACACUGCAACAUUGGCUUAUUCUAAAAAUUAUGUUCAUAUCUAAUACAGCCUUUCAUGUUCAUAAUUGAAUAAUACAUUUCCUCAAGAGUAUGAAUAAUUAACUAAGUAGACAAUAGGAAAAUUCCUAGCUUUUCUUGAGCAUUUAAGAAAUCUUGUAUAUCACAACUAACCAAAAGGUGUCUCUUUUAAAUGCCGCAGUAAUCCACGUCCUACUUUAUGAAUAGUUGUGAUAAAGAGUAUAUGCAAAGAAAUGUCUAUUUAUUCCAGUAACCAAAUAUUUUUUUUCAUAAUAUAUUCUCCAAACGGAAACAAAAAAAGGACUGUUUUCUUACUAUUUCAAACCAAUACGAGAACAAAUAUCCUUAAUUUAUUCAGAACUGUAGCGGUGAAAAAAAAAAAUAUAUAACAAUGAAACAGGGAGUAAAAUAAACACAAUUCAUAAACUGAUGAUGGAUUGUAGCGUCUCUUACUUUUCAUGGCCGACAUGCAGGUCAUUAUGUAUGUAAAGGUCCUGUACAGAUUCUCUGUUUAAUAUUAAAUGAAAUCCUUUUUAUAACCUUUUUUU